AUGUCUGUGGCCAAAGCGAAACACAGAGUUUUAAACCCGGUGGUCCCGUACACUGGCGUCAUUCCUGGAGGCCUGCACCCCGGGGAAGUGAUCGUGGUCCAGGGCUCUGUGCCCCAAGAUGCAGACAGCUUUCAGGUCGACCUGUCCAACGGUUGCAGCACAAAGCCGCGCUCAGACGUGGCGCUCUGCUUCAGGGCCCAGUUCAGCGGCCCACUAUGUGUUUCCUGCAACACGCUUCAGAAGGAAAGUUGGGGCAAAGAGGAAACCAUUCACCAGCUGCCCUUCAAACUAGGAGCCCCCUUUGAGGCACUUUUCUUCAUUCACAAAAAUGCCUUUAAGGUGGCGGUGAACGGCACGCACCUUCUAGAAUACAAGCACAGAAUGUCGCUGAACAGGAUCGACACACUUUCCAUCUCGGGAAAUAUUUGCGUCAGUGCAGUCGGUUACAUCCCAAGUUCAGCAAUAUACUCCGAAUCAGGUGAUUUGAGUCUCCCAUACAAAGGCAGCAUGUUGAAUGGCCUUAGCCCCGGAGAGCACAUCACAGUCAAAGGGCAGGUCUGCCUCUAUCCUCACAGCUUCACCAUAAAUCUCCGAAGCAGUCAAAAUGAAAACAUUGCUCUACAUUUAAACCCACGCAUAAAGUCUUCUGUGUUUAUAAGGAAUUCCUUCUUGAGUGAUAGCUGGGGGUAUGAAGAGCGAGAGGUGUCGUUCUUUCCCUUCUCAUCUGGGGAGUACUUUGAAAUUCUGAUCCUGUGUCAGCCCCAUCAGUUUAAGGUGGCAGUGAAUGGGUCACAUUUAUUUGACUUCAGACACAGAGUGCAGGACCUGAAAAGCAUCGAUCAGAUGGAGAUUAUGGGAGAUGUGGAGCUCAUUGAUGUCAAAGUCUGGUGA